UUGCACCAGUUGAGCUUGAGAAAGAGUAAGCGAUAUCGAGUUCAUCAUCAAAGCGACUGGUAAAUAGCAGACAGGAGGGGCCUCCUGAGUAAAAGCCACUACGAUAAACAUAUCAGUUCCCGCUGUUGAUUUUCUUAUUGUUGUUGUCGCCGGCAUCGUCGGCGUUUGGCCGUCCGAACAGAGUGCUAUAUGGAUUAGCGGUGGCGGGGGCGUCGGUAAAAAGCGGCAGCUGCUAGCUGAGGUCUAUCUAACUGACUGACUAGCUUUGUUGAUUGGUAGUGAUGGUAUCUAGUAUCUUUGUCAUAGCGAAAUAACGCAAAAUGCAACGUAUCGCGUUGCGUAGAGAACAAGCGAACAGGGUGCAGACAGCGCCAAGCGGCGACAACGACGAUCAGCAGUAACACGCAAAUUCGUUGUUGUUGUGACUACCACUGAAGCUAGCGAGGUGAGAUCCUCGGUUUUUUAGGGAAAGAACUGGUUCUUUUUCACUCUUCUACUACUUCUACAACGACUGCUGCAAUAUUGAGGGAUGCAAAGAGGAAAAGGCAACCGUUGUUAAACCGCUGCCGCUACUGUUGUUGCUGUAGUUCUGAUAGUGUCAUAUCGUUUUGCCUGUAUUAAUAUUGGGGGUGUCGUUACUACUGUUACUGCAGCUUUUGCUGUUGGCUGUUACGAGUGGAUGCGCGUUCGUUGUUCUCGCGUUGCGCUUGCUACCGCGGCAGCCGAUUGAAAGCUGUUCCAAUGCUCCCAUUACUACAAAAGCUGCCAUAAUAAUGCGAGCCUAGAACGCGACGAUUGAAAACGACGAUGAGUAUAACUGAAGUGCAAUAGCUUCGUCUUCUGCUAUGCUGAGAACUGGGCUCUGUUCCAGCCGGUGACAGAGUUAAGAGCGUUACGAAGAGUUUUGUUGUUGUUGACUGUUUUUAUGUCGCGCCGCUACUUCUUAGGGAGAAAGUUGUUGUCAUCGUUAUCAUGACUGAGGUAGUACGUCGACGAAGUAGUCUGCUGAACGUUAUGACCUAUUGUAUGUUGAAGUGUGACUAAUAUGCUGAAACGCCGGGAUCAAUAGUUGAAGAAAGACGCAAUCAGCAUUUUUACAAAAAAGUUAUCAGUCUCAGUGCGUAGCAGCGGCGUAGCUCGCUCAGUUAGCAUGGCUUCUCCUUCUCCUGGCGCUCUCUCCCUCUAAACACACAGUGAGUAGCACAACAGUGACAGGAGGCUGUUUGCGAAGUGCAGUGCCAUUACCGCAGUCGAGCGACAUCAGACCGGGCACCAGAUCAGGAGAUCAUCGACAUCAUCCUUGUUCUACUCAUCGUUGGUUUUCUUCUGGACAGCCCAACAACUACAACAGAACACGACGAACUGGCAAAACAGGCCUUGAACAGUGUUCUGAAAAGGCUGAACAUCUUUGGCUCGUCUGUCUACCUCUGGCGCCCCUCGUCGCGUUCGCUGACUGACCAUCACCGCCACACAACACUCAACUACACCAUGCUACUACAACAACUUGACGCCUACCAUCUCUGAUCAGCAUCGAUCAGCCACCAUUAUCAUCACCAUCAUCAUCGCCAUCAUUGCCAUCAUCUAAAACACCCAAGAUCAUCUCUUCCUUAUUGCGCCAUCGACCGGUCUUUGAAAACACCGCCUGUCGAAGCGGUCGAUUGCGCUUGCAGGACACCAACAAACGGCAACAAAUCACCAUUUACGCUGAACGCCGCCGAUCACCAGUGCGCGGGGUUACCUGGGUGACUGCACGGCUGAACACGACCAACCUGCCCGAUCGACAACGAGAAUAACAACAGGAGCAACACGAGCAGCAGCAACAGCUGGUUCAGAUUAUUGUAGCUAGCCUUUCAGCCGCCUCGCGGCGUCGGCCUGAUGCUUUGUCUGUCCGCCAGGAGGUAUAAUCGGCGGCUGAGCUUCGCUUGGCUACCUAUUACAAAUGUCCGAGUGCCCUUCAUAGAACUAGGCAUGUAGACGAACUGAUAGAAAGACAGACAGACAGACGGGACGUGGUGGUUGGGGUGGUUGGAGGUAAUUCACGGGGGAAGAGAGGUGCAUUUGUAGAGAGCUUUCAAAAAAUCAGUUUCAGUUCUCGUGUCCUGGGGCGGUUGUGCUUUGCACUUUGUUGGAUUUAUAAUCAAUGAGUGUGACCUCUUCAUUUUUUGUUGGUAACUCAAGUAGCAGGUGGCGAUGAGAAUGGAAGCAUCGGCCCGUUGCGAAAUUGACUUGUUAGGAGAACGACGAAUCGAUACGCAGAUCGAUGAGAAACUGAUCGCUGAAGACCUACUUAAUUUGGCGGCGUCUCACUUGAAGUUGCGUGAACGUGAGUUGUUUGGUCUAUCGUGGCAAGAUGAAGAUGGCCACCUGCACUGGCUGCAGCCGGAAAAGCUCGUGCUGGAUCAGGUAACUGAAAACUGUAUCCAGCAGGGCGGUAGUGGUGAAGCACCACGCGUGGUUCUUCACCUUAUGAUCAAAUUCUAUGUGCCGACGAUAGCUCUUUUGGCAGACGCUGCCACGGUUGAGGCCUUCUUCAUGCAGGCCAAGCUAUUGAUGAGCAAGGACGUAUUAGAACCAGACAGUCAGACAGAGUAUCGCCUUACUGCUCUUGCGCUUCAAGCCAAUUUUGGUGACUGGACCCGAGAUGAUGAUGCUAAAUUGCGUUUACGCCAAAUGGGCUUCCCCAGUCCUUCGUUAACAAAGCACAAAUCCGUUGACUACUGUGAGCGGAAAAUUCUCGAAGACUACCGAAGCUUUUUGGGUUUUACCAGGGGCAACGCGGUUAUCCAGUACAUGAACACAGUUGAGGGGUUAGCUACUUAUGGUAUACAUUUUUACAAGGUACAACAGAAAGAUCGAAACGGCCCAAUGAUGUGGAUAGGGUUGAGCCAUAGAGGUCUCAGUGAGUAUGACCUCAAUAAUCGUAAAGUUCCCAAAAAGUUCUAUCAGUGGAAAUAUAUGGAAAAUAUAUACUACCGAGAGACAAAAUUUUCGAUUGAAAUCAACAAUCCGAAAAGUAGUACUAGCAUGCUAUCAGGCAAUGCCUCUGUUAUUGUGUGGUACGCUGCCAAUGCGGCACUGAACAAAACAAUUUGGUCUAUGGCUAUAGCACAGCAUCAGUUUCAUAUGGAUAGCCGAAGAGCAAGAAAACAAACACCAGAAGACUUUCUGCGGUUGCAGCGGAUCUCGCAAGAACUCAAUAAUCCGUCACAGAUGACCAUCCGUAGUUCGCUUUCGAGAAUUGCGCUCGCCUUCGAAGGUAGGGAUGAUGAUAAAGCCACAACGGAGGUGAAACUGUCAAGACUGUCGGUUAAGAAAUCCGCUCUAGUUGAAAUCCUCCGUAAAAAACUCAAGGAACUACAAGAAAUUUGUAAAAAAGAAGCGGAUAUUACAGGCGCAUACGAUUCUGAAAUGCCGUCCGAUAACGACAUCGCAAACCCGACUUUGCGUAAGGCCAAGCCCUUAGUGGAUCGUAAUGCAAACGAAGUAGUGGUCACAGCGCCACCGCCGGCAGUUCUGCCUCCUCCGCCUAUAGUUCAGAUGCAGUCAACAAUGCCCCAGAAGCCAGUGCGUCCACCACCUCCUCCUCAUGCGUCAACCAAUCGACGUAUUCCGCCCCCUCUACCACCUUCACAUUCGCUCGAUCGCCUGAAAGCGCGCUCACCUGUUUUGUCUGACCUCAGUGACAGCGUGGACAGCGGCUCCAUCGGCAUUGUGAUGGGCGCUGAGGGCGGCUUUGAAAGGCCACGAUCGAAUACUCUUGGUCGGGACUUCGGUCGUCACGCGUCAAGCAGCUUGAACCUUAGAGUGUCGCCACGCUCAUCGAUGAGCUCGACAUCGACUUCACCGAUUCCUCCACUUGCCGCCUACUCUGCGCCGUCCUCGCCAAAAUCUCAACGCUCGGACAGUUCAUCGCGAUACGUGCCUAGCCUCGCUCAACAAAGCACGCAUACUUCUUACCGGCGUUCGCAGUAUCCGCCAGUGUAUCGAGUGUCGCGGGCUGAUGCGCAUCUACCAUGUAAACCACCAGCACCGGGCAGCAAAACGAGAGCGCCUAGCCCAUUACUCGAGGCGCGUUCGAAAUACGAAGGCCCCUUUGAACGGGUUAAUUUAUACAGCGUCAAAACGCAACGCUUAUCGCAAGCGUUUUCAAGUCACGACAAUAUACCUGGUCUUCUCCAGCCGGCCACGACCACUAGCUCUAAAACAUCAUCAUCCUCGAUGAUACCGGACGGAGGCGACAUGAACACGCCCGGACUACCUAGUCUUGGGCCUCUCGCUGGUAGCAUCGCUUAUCCUGUCGUUGCCGCCGCGACUGCAAUGCCACCCCCACCUCCACCGCCACCCCUGCCGCGACACACGUCAACGUCGAGCGUCUCUAGUCUGUCUAUGGCGAGCUCGUCGUCGACACCAUCUUCAUCUGUUCCGCCUCCACCGCCUCCUCCUCCACCGCCCCAGCCAAAACUGAAGAAAGAAUGGACUGAGACGGAUCUCGACGAACCUAUUCCACUCAGACGUAGCCCUCUCCCGCCGCCAGCGUUACCAACACGUGAUCCCCCACAAUGCUCCGGAGUCGCAGUAGCAUCUGCAACGCCAGUGGCAGUCACGGCAACGCCAGCAAGCAGUGCUACAGGUGCAACAGUUCUUCUUGCCCAAUCUCAGGCCCAACCAAGCACAGUUGUGAGAACAUCAGCGGCUGCAACUCAGGUCGUUGUCGAGGCCGGAAAAUUUAAACCGUAUUAUGAGGAGAGCAAGCCGUUUGAAAUGUCCGACUUCUACAAGUACUCGCAGAGGCAUAGAAAAAGCUAAAACCUGUGCGGACUAAGUAAGUCAAUAUACAUAAACGGAGUAAACGCCACGACAUAGACAUGGUAAAACAAUGCCUUAAGGACAUAGUUCUAACUAGAAACAGUUUAGGUACAAAAUAAUCCUAUAUUUGCUAUUUACUACUACUGGGUUGUGGAUAAAGUAGCAUUAGAAUUUGUUAAUGUUAGUCAUAGAAUAGUCAGAAAGACGAAUAGGCGACUGCAACAGUGUGGUGUAUUUUGUAAAGCAGAUUGUUCGAAUGUGCGCUCGUAUUUGUAACGUUGAUGUGAAGCAGAUUAUUGCGACAAACACAGAUUUAGUCAAAGAAAUACAAAAGUAGUUGCCUUAAUUAAAAAAAUACACUAUCUCAAGCACACAUUUGUUAGUAGUGUGUUAAUAGUAAUGUGCCCAUUAAGGAAUAUUCAGAGGUUUAUGUGGAGAUAAUUUUGAUUUGUUCGUACUACAAGCACUAUAGCUCAUUGUCAAGUAACAACUGCUUGGCCUAAUUUGUGACUCAGGUCAUAUUGGACAGAUAAGGUACGAACAAGUGUUGAACGAAUGAAAACGAAGUAGUGUAAAAUUAGAAGAAAACCAGAACCGAGUGAACAUAGUCGUACGACGAGGUAUUUGACUGUUUUUAUGACAUGCUUUAGAGAUAUCGAAGUGAACAGGUACAAAGCGGCCGAAACUGAUCUGCAGCAUUGCCCCACCAGGUGCAUUUAUACAAAGGGGUAAGCGAGGAUACACUAAGGAACGCGUGAAAUGUUAGCACGGGGUAUGUGUCGCCGCCGCAUGACUCUGAACUAAAUGAGAACAAAAAUCUAAAUCUAUGAAUCUAUAUACAAAUUUUUUAAGCUCAUAGAAAUUAACUCAAAAUAACAUUAGUUUGUUUCGAUUUAUCUCCAGCUGCGGAUAAGAUUGUUUUGAAGAGUCGUUGAAAAUGUUUCACGAUUUUGCGAUCUUACAGACGCUCAUUGUAUUUCGAUAGUCUUCUAAGCACUUCUAAACCUAAAUAAUUGCACUUCUUGUUUAGGUUUGGCAUUUGUGACAUAGAUAGCAACGAGCCAUAUAACAGCUAAUCCCUCACAAUUGAGUUCCACACUUGUACAUCAUUAUUGGAAGCAAAGUUUCACGGAUUGUAAAUGCUAAAGAGAAGGCGAGGUUUUCGUAUAUUCACUUGAUCAUGUCGUUGAAAUUAGAUCUGAAGCUGACAAGGAAGGGGCGAUAGUAGUAGCACAGAAGGAAAGCGACAUAUCGUUUGUACGGCGGUUACCAAGAACAAGAAGCGUGUUAAUAACGAUGAAAAGGACAACAAUUACGCCAGUAUAUAGCAAAUGUUGCGGAACAAAUAUAGUAAAUUAUCAGGUAGAAUGUACUUGUAUUCUUCAACGUAGUUUAAUACAUUUUACUAUAUUUUCAUUUUACAUGGUCGCCAGUGGGACAUUUCACGGUGUUAAUUAUCUGUUGACAAUAAACAUGCCGGCCAGUGUCGGAUAAAACCGCUUCGAAUAAAACUA